AUGGGGGUGCCCGAACGUCCAACCCUGCUGCUUUUGCUGUCUUUGCUCCUGCUUCCCCUGGGCCUCCCAGUCCUCUGCGCUCCCCCACGCCUCAUCUGCGACAGCCGAGUUCUGGAGAGGUACAUCUUGGAGGCCAAGGAGGCAGAGAACGUCACGAUGGGCUGUGCAGAAGGUCCCAGACUGAGCGAGAAUAUUACAGUCCCAGAUACCAAAGUCAACUUCUAUGCUUGGAAAAGAAUGGCGGUGGAAGAACAGGCCGUCGAAGCUUGGCAAGGCCUGUCUCUGCUCUCAGAAGCUGUCCUGCGGGGCCAGGCACUGCUAGCCAACUCCUCCCAACCUCCAGAGACGCUUCAGCUGCAUAUAGACAAAGCCAUCAGCGGCCUGCGCAGCCUGACUUCCCUGCUCCGGGUGCUGGGAGCCCAGAAGGAAUCGCUGUUACCUCCAGAUGCUACCCCUCCUGCUCCACUCCGAACACUCACGGUGGAUACUUUCUGCAAACUCUUCCGGGUCUACUCCAACUUCCUCCGGGGCAAACUGAAGCUGUACACAGGGGAGGCCUGCAGGAGAGGGGACAGGUGAGCCACCGCUGCGAUGAAGCCACCAACCUCGCUCCCCAUCACCGCCUGUGUCACGCCAACCCUCUGUCACUCCCAACCCUCAUCAAAGGGGUUGUGACUCUCCUCACCAGCUUGUCCUACGGACACUCCAGCACCAGCAGUGAUCUCCUGGGGGGCCAGAAGAACUUUCCAGAGCUCCAUUCUGAAAUCUAAAGAUGUCCCUGGGCCGGCCUGAGGCCCCGAGCAGGAGAGACUCAGAGAACCAUCUUGGAUUUGUUUGUUUUGGUUGAGACAGGAAGGUCCCACAUAGCCCAGGCUGGCCUGGAGCUUGCUAUGUAGCCAAGGAUGACUUUGGACUCCUGAUCUUCCUGCUUCCAUUUCCUGAGUGCUGGGAUUGCAAGCGUGCACCACCCCCGCCCCGCUUAUGGGCGCGGGAGAUGGAAGCUGUGCUGGUGCAUUCUAGGCAGGCACUCUUCCAAUGGAACUAUACACGCAGCCCCCAGAGACCGGCUUAGAACUCAGGGACCGAGACAUCGAAGCACAGUUAGUGCUCUGGCGGAACUGCGCCCCUACAGGACAAGCUUCGGGGCUCUACAAAGAGAAUUUAGGGGGCAAGGCAUGAAUUUUCCAGGUCUCAUGGGCUCUCUCUCCCCUGACCCCAUGUCCUAGUGGACAGUAGAGGGCAUGGAACCCUGAAGAUAAAAGGCAACUGACUCAGCUUUCAUGGGAGGGAAGGGGUUUGAAGUUUUGUGUCUCUUAAAAUGCCACUGGCAACAGCUGAAAUCACCAA